UCAAUUUCUCUCUGUACAUGAUAAUGGCGUUCCUUCGAUCCUAUAAAUCAUCAAAAAGUUACAUUUCCAUUUCCAGGGCUGUGUUUUUCUCCACAGAACCAAGCGUCAUCGAGCGAAAACAAAUUUCUCAGAAGAAUGACAGUCUGUACAGGAGGAUUUCACCCGUAGGGGAUCCUAACGUUUCGGUGAUACCCAUACUCGAUCAAUGGCAAAGUGAAGGUAAAUUCGUCAGUUUCCAACGGCUCAUUGUCAUAAUAAAAAGUCUUCGGAAGUUCAAUCGCUACACCCACGCUCUCCAGCUUUCAGAAUGGAUGGCUAACAAAAAGAGCAAUCUGCAACCAGCGGGCGUUGCAGUUCAUUUGGAUUUGGUAUCAAAAGUUCAUGGGCUGGAAGAAGCAGAGAAGUAUUUUGACAGCACACCAGACGAUGUGAAGACUCUCCAUGUUUAUGGGGCUCUUCUAAAUUGUUAUGCCACCGCAAAAUCAGUAGAGAAAGCAGAGACUACUGCAGAGAAGAUGAAGCAAAUGGGGAUGAUGACAACACUUUCUUACAAUUCUAUGCUUAGUUUAUAUAAGAAAAUCGGAGAUAAUGAGAAACUAGACAAAAUCUAUCAGGAAAUGAUAGAGAUGGGUGUUCCUUGUAAUAAACCAACAUACUACAUCAGAUUAAGUGCCUAUGCUUCUGCUUCUGACCUAGAAGGAAUGGAAAGAGUUCUUAAGAAAAUGGAAGAAAGUUCUGACCUUAAUGUGGAUUCAAAUGCUUACAUCAUUUCCUCCGGUGGGUACCUCAAAUCUGGCAAACCAGAUAAGGCUUUUGAAAUGCUCAAAAAAUCAGAGGAGCAUAUACGUGGGAACUCAAAAGGGGCAAUUUGGGAAAUUCUUCUUGGUAUGUAUGCCACUCUUGGUAAAAAAGAGGAUGUUUAUCGUAUAUGGAAGGUAUACAAAACCUCAUGGAGUAAAGUGUACAACCGUGGUUAUUUAUCUAUGAUCCGUGCAUUAGUGAAGUUAGAUGACAUUGAUGGUGCAGAGAAACUCUUAACCGAAUGGGAAACUGAAAACUUGUCUUUUGACUUCAGAAUACCCAACUUGCUGAUUAAUGCUUACUGCAAGAAGGAUCUUUUGGCAAAGGCUGAAGAAUAUGUUGGCCAAGUUAGAGAUAAGGGGAAACAACCUCCAGCAAGCACAUGGGUUUUGUUCGCGACUGCAUUUACAAGAAAGAAUGAGAUGGAGAAGGCGGUGGAAAUGCUGAAAAAGGGUGUGGAGGCUGCAGAUAAGCGCGGCUGCAAACUGGAUAAAGAUACUUUUAGAGAAUGUGUGGAAUACUUGAAAGGAAAGGGUGAUUUGGAGGGAGCAGAAGAGAUCAAGAGAACAUUUGAGGAUAGGAUUCGAUUCGCGGAGAAAUCUGGUGCAGAAUCUUUAGGUGAUGAAAUUUCUGAAGCUCAGGAAUAUGAUGAAAUGGAAGCCGAGUCAUCACUGAGCAAGUGAGAACAGGUUCUGAGUCCUUGUUGUUUGUAAGUUGCUUAACAUGACGCUAUUUGGCAACUUCUUUGUUUUCCAUUUCUGCGGUUUUUUGUUAGAUUGUAAAUUUGUUCGGUAGGACGAAAAUCUAAUUAAAUAUGCAGAUUUCUUAUCUGUAAGUUGCUUUAUUACUA